AGGGAGAGGAUUGUUUACAAACAGUAUUUUUGUGAUCCGGUCUUUUACUUAUUUUUUAAAAAAUUUUAAAAAAUUAAUUAUAUACAUUUAGCAUUAAGUCAAUUGUAGAAUAGAGAAUGUCAAAUAAAGAUUUAUUGUAUUAUGAAGAUUACGACAUAGACAAUUAUGAUGAUUCAUUCGAGUAUUCAUAUGAUGAUCACGAAUUGACAUCCAGUUACGAUUUAAGUGAUACAUUUAAUUGUGGUAAAACAGUAUUAAAGCAAAUAUCGCAGCAAAUAUUUUAUUUAAUUUUGAUAAAUUUCAUCUACCGUCUUAUAAGACAAACAGGUUGGUCUGGUGCACGAUUGAAAUGUAACAUGGCAUAAAUGCCAUAACAGGGCCGUAUUUGAAAAAGGGGGGGGGGGGGGGGGGGGGGGGGAGGGGGGGGGUAUAAAUUUUUGAAGAAAUUUCUGUUAACGUCGGAGGAUUUGUCUACCAAAUACCCCCCCCCCCCCCCCCCCAUUGGUUACGAGCCUGUGCCAUAAGUGUGUAUAAUGAAUUGAUAGUCGCCUACAGAUCAGAUUGAAUAUAUUUAAUUAAUAUGCACAACACUUUUCAAUUAAUUCAUUAUAAUUUUUUAUACUCUUUCCUAGCUCUACUGCCGGAAUUUUUAAAGCAUUUAUCUUCUUCCUUACUUGGAUUUUUAUCAACGUUUAUUUUCUUUACAAAUGGCAACUAUUAUGUUAUUCUGUUGGCUUUCAUAUCAUAUGGGUUUUUGAAGCUAUUACAGUUUUAUAAUGUUAGAAGGAAAGGUAUCCUGUCCAUUGCCUUUCAAAUCAUUACAAUCUUCUCGUGCGAAAUAAUUGAGCGCGACACAACGAUAUGGCAAAAUCUUCGCGGCAGUGCUUUAAUUAUAUCGAUGAAAACAAUCUCAUUAGCUUUUGACAUAGGCUCGAAUAAAUUAAACAAAUUGCCAGCAAUUUAUGUGUAUGCAGGCUAUAUGCUAUGUCCUGCGAAUGUUGUAUUGGGUCCAUUUGUGUCAUAUACAUCUUAUUGCCAAACGUCGCCAAAAACUUUCAAGCUAGUGUCGCUGAAAGUCUUCUUUCAGGCCUUUCUCAAUAGCUUGAUGUCAAUUGUGUUCAUAUUUCUAUCAACAUGCUUCCUCAACUAUCUCCUAUCUGAUGAUGUUAGUUUCUUUGUGACAUACCGAGACGCUUUGAUAUUUCGAUGCAGCCAUUAUUUUGUGUCAUUUAUGUCUGUUGCGUGUCUCAUAAUUUCUGGCAUUGACUAUCGUUCAUCAUCUGAAGUAUUUGGCUACCAAGUCACACGACCACUUGAUAUUGAAUUACCUCGAUCUCUCGUUCCUGUAGUUAUCUCAUGGAAUAUACCCAUUCAUUUGUGGAUUAAGAGUUACAUUUUCGAGAAUUUAAAGCGAUACGGAAAAUUUAAAGCAAUAAUUUUGACAUACUUAAUAUCAUCAUCGCUACAUGGAUUAAAUGUUCAACUUGCUGCAGUAUUAUUAUCCAUCGGAAUUUUUUCAUAUGUCGAAUUCCGAUUGAGAAACCUUUUGGCAGAAAUUUUAGAUGCCUGCAUAGCAGCAAAUAAAUGUCUGAUUGAUUCCAAAGGCUGUUGCAUUACAAAGGGUCACGAAUUUACAACAAAACUACAUUGGGUGAAAUUAAUUAACUUUAUUUUCGGUGUUUUUACCAUUGUCUUAUUAGCUUAUCUAGGCGUCUUACUUGACACAUCUAUCGACGGCAAUAAUGAGUUCUCAUUACAUACAAAUCUCAAAAAGUGGUAUGAUCUCAAUUUCUUCGGCCAUAUAAUUGUUUUAAUAUGGUACAUAAUGUACUUAAUUUCAAAAAAUUAAUAAAAAUUAAAUAAACAUGUGUUUACUGAUACUAUCA